UGUAUUUCUUUAUUCGUUUGCGUUUCCUUCCUAGAAAGUGAUCCAUUUUCUUGCUUUUCCUUCCUGGCGUAAUUGGUCCGAGAGAAGUCGAAUCCGGAAUUGGGAAUUGGGAAUUGAGAAUUGAGAAAGAAUGCAACAUCCAAGGUAUUAUCCAGAGGGGCAAUCAGAAGCCCAAGCCCCAGCCCAAGCACCUUCCUCUCCUCUGUCAUACAAUUGGGCCUCUGCCCCUCCCUACGGGGAAGUAGCUGCCCAGGGCAAUGCUCACGCUCAAUAUUAUCCCCCGGGGGACUAUCAUGCUGCGGAUCACAUCAAUUAUGGGUACAAUCCUGCAGCUGGAUACCCAAAUUCCUUUUCUCAGUAUCCGUUAUCAACUCCAACCGCGACCGCAGCGGCAGCUCCUCACCAAUUUGCUUCACAACCGCAGUCGACAACGCUAUCGUCUGAUUACGGCUACACCAAUCCGCCAGCCCUCUUUUACACCUCGCCCUCUCUCCCUAAUCCUAUUUCUAACCCUAACCCUAACCCAAACCCUAAUGUGUUAUCCUAUGCUCAACCACCUGAGAGCCGGGGGUAUCCCUUUGAAUAUCCACAGGGAUUCUAUGAAACCACUCCACCCUCGAGCAGCAGUUUUGAGGCGGAUGAUGGUGGUUUCGGUGGGGAGGUGUAUGCCUACGAUGGGGGCCGAAUGGAGCCAUAUGGUGCGCGAGGAACAGGAUCGUCCAUGGAGCCGUAUGGUACCCGAGGAGCAGGAUCAUCCACGGAGCCGUAUGUUGCUCGAGGAACAGGGUCAUCGACGACCUUUGAUGACUAUGGCAAUUUGACAAAGAUAACCAAGGCUGUUCCCAAGACUGAAUCACACGAUGAGGGAAACGGAAUACAGAAAUUCAGAGUUAAGAUCCUCCCCGAUUCCUCUUCUGCUUCUGCUUCUGCUUCUGCUUCUCACGCUUCCAUGGAUGUCCUUUGCCAGAUUGGUUUGGAUGGACUUCGGAUGUUGGACCCCAGUACUUUCAAAACAUUGAGAAUCUACCCGCUUGACACUAUAACAAGAUGGGAGGUGACAGAUCCCUCGGUGUAUACAUUCUGGGCAAAAAGUUCAGUUGAUAUUGAACCAAGGCGUAUAAGGUUACAAUCAAACCGCUAUACUACAAGUACAAUUCUUGAUACAGUGGCUGCUGCUUGUGUUCAGAUUCGAGAAAUGGCCGAGGACAAAAGUAAUAGUCAUGCUGACACAAAUAAAUUGUCAGAGCAGCUUACGGAGAGAAAGAAAGCGUCAAUUGCAGAAUGGAUGAUAUUGAGAAAACCUGCAGAAGAAAAACAACAUUGGGUACCUGAUGAGGCUGUGACGAAAUGUACAGCAUGUGGAACAGAUUUUGGAGCAUUUUGCCGAAGGCAUCAUUGUAGAAACUGUGGUGACAUUUUUUGUGACAAGUGUACGCAAGGGAGGGUUGCCCUUACUGCAGACAAGGAUGCUCAACCUGUGCGAGUUUGUGAUCGAUGUCUGGCAGAAGUUACACAAAGAUUGGCUGGUACAAAGGAAACGAGCCACAAGGAUACAACACAACGGACACAUGACGAUUUAGCAAAAAGACUUCUGGAAGAAAUGGGUCGAAAUCGCAAGGUGAACACUGAGUCUGGUGGCAGUAGUGGCCCAUCUUCUAUUUGGUCCAGCCAGUCCAAUUCAGAGGGAUCUACUAAACGCACAAAGGAGGUUGCUUGUCCAACAUGUACAGUUCACUUACAGGUCCGAGUACCAAGUUCUGGUACAGAAACAGUAGAGUGUGGUGUUUGCCAACACCCUUUUCUUGUUAGUGCACGUUGAUAUCACUGCAGCAGCUGUUAGCUGUUUCUGAUUAUACAUUGCUAGUUCAAAUAUAAAUGUUUAAUAUGUAAUGUUGCAGCUGAUUGUUUUACUUUACUUGAGGAGUGCAGAUUUAUGCUUUGUGAAGGUGGUAAUGGCAUAAAGCUUAAAUAAAUGCCUGGAUUCUGUGAUGUAUCUAUUUCACAUAAACUGGAUACAAUGCAGCACGGAUAUGCUUGUUAUGUUUUUGUUCAAGUAAUCUGUGAAAAGUAUAUUUGGCAUUAGUAUUCAAUUAAUAUUUAAUUUCAUAAUUUUUGUGUAUACAAUUUUUUAAUUAUUGCUAUAUGAUAAGGAGUUCACAACA